AUGCCUCCCAAGAAGAAGGUGAAGAUCGUAGCAAUCGACGCCAGUGCUGGCUCCGCUAUUGCCACGAACGCAGGUGCGCUGUCAACGACGGGUGUUGACAAUGCGGGCGGGUCGCAGCGCAAAAUAGCGCGUUCGAAGACUGCUGCCGUGGCGGCCACGACGAGGGUUACGCGCAGCAGAUCCGCCGCCGCUGCCGCCGGCACCGUGAAGGCGGCUCCGGAGGUUCACCACACCACCCCUCGAAAGGUCAAAGCCACGCCGGUUGAGAAGAGAGUCGCCCGUCGUACGGCGCCCCUUGAAGACCUUCCCUUGGAUGUUCUGAUUGAGAUCCUCUCUGUCACGCACCCGCGGGAUAUACUAGCCCUGGCACGGGUCUCCAAACCUUUCAGAGCAUUCCUUAUGAGCCGGAAGUCUUUGCAGUGCUGGAAAAUCGCCAGGGAAAGCGUUGAAGGAUUCCCUGUGUGCCCGCCCCAUCUCUCCGAACCCCAGCUCGCUAACCUCAUCUUCGGCUCGAUCUGCGAUCAUUGCGGGUGUUCUGUCAUAGACGAGAACGCAUUGAUGUUCUUUGCUCGUUAUUGCAAGCUAUGCAGGCCACAGUUUCUGAAGUUCCCGACCAGUAUGGCGCACUUUGCGGGUCAGGUGAGGAAGGUGACCCAGGAUAGCAAGCAGUACUUGGAGCUUCCCUACUUAUGUUCAGAACACGUAAAGGGAUAUUCGUUUCACGAUGGCACCUCUCUGCACAGCGGGACGUACUAUUAUGCCCCUGAGGUAGAACAUUUCCGAGAGGCGUGGGCGUCUUGCAAGACGGACGACGAGAAGAAGCUGCUCGUAAAGCGCUGUACAGCAGAAGUCGCAGACAAGGCGAAGUUCAUCGAUGCCAUAAAGGCAUCAGGGAACGCCGAAGCUCGGAAAGAGGCCCAGAGGCUGCAAGAGUUGACGGAGAAGCACGUGGAAGAUGUCUUGCUCCGGCUCAAGGAGGAAGCUUGUGGCGAGGAACUCAGCCUCAUGAACAGUCCGCGUCUCAAUGGACUGCGCAGCCUCGGGUUAGUCCGCAAAGCCGAAGUGCUCACCGAAGAUGGAUGGCGUACAAUACGCGAGGAUCUCAUCGCUCAGGUGGAAAAAUACCGCACUGCACGUCUCAGGGACGAGUGGUUCGCUGUGGUUCACAAAAGGCUCAUGAUGCUCCGUAAGGCCGUCAACGUGCACAGCGAUUCCUCUGGGCCCCGUGAUGCGACGUCAGACCUGCGAGCAGAGUUCGCCGAUCUUGCGCUCAUGCCGGCAUUCCGACAAGUUCUAGAGGUGCCCGUAUCCGAAACGGUUACCGAACACGACAUCGCCAAACUGUGUGAUUCCAUUGCUGUCUCACAAGAAGUGUGGCUCCAGGAGCGGAAGCGUGAGCUUGAAGAGCUCGUUGUGAAGAAGCUUAAGCUCGCGCCCUCGAAGAACGUUUCACCCCUAUCGCUUGCUAUCGCCACCUUCAAUUGCGAGGCAUGCGGUCGGGGUGGUUUGCGGUGGCCGAAUAUCCUCGCCCAUCGGUGUGGGCGCGGCUCUGAUCAUGAAGGCGACUACGAGCGUGCUUUGACGCAUGCGUGCACGCAGCUCCAGCUGCGCCUGCCGUGGCGCCGCGGACGUCCGUUCCGCGCAACGACUGUCUGCAAACAGACUCAAGGAAUUAUCCGUACAUGCGGAUAUGACCCUAGCGUUGUGACAUAUGAUGAGAUGCAGGCUUGCAAUGUCCGACUGUAUUGCAAAAUCUGCUCGGUAUCCUCAGUGGGGUACAUGGAAGUGUACACAUGGUGUAGCGCGGCGUCUCUCUGCCUCCCUCGAUGCGACAUCGAAGACCCCUUGUCAGUAGAGAAGCCUAAGAAGUGGGAGGUGCUCGACGCGAGUACCACGGCAAGCGUGAUCAUACUGGAGGCCGCCCGGCAGGAUGCGGGCGAUGUCCGUGGGGGCAUCUUCAGCUGCACCCGCUGCCCCUACCGGAGCCGGGGGUUUCCGAUCUCGCACUGCAAGCAAGUGCACUCACUCAAGAAUCCCGCUAUAGUGAAGGACUUCUACAUGCACCCGGAAACCCGGGAUGUGCGCAGCCCCAUUUUGGUCUACCCGGAGGAUGCACGCGCCGACCGUCGUGCGGCUAAGGACGUAAAGAACGGCCGUGCUUUCUUUUCUCCUUCUCUUUUCAACGAUCUGUCCGCCGCUACGUCCGAGUCCUAG